CGGACAACACGGCAUGCAGCAGCCGAUAAACGGGACAACGAAGAGGGCGACCAGCCACGUGAUGAGCCCGCAGUACCUCUCCUGCUUCCACUGGCCACCAUCCGGCGCGUUUGGCGGGAUAUUCCGGUUCCCCUCCUGCACCACAAUCACUGUGUGUCCAGGACCGGGCUGCGUAGUGACCACCCCGCCGGCCUGAGGAUGAUGACCGGCCUGGGUACACGUGGUCAACUGAAUUCCUGCUGGUUGUGCUCCGACUGUCUCCACGUACUGGGGUGCCGUCACCGCCGUGGCGGUUACAACUCCUUGCUCGGCGUAGAGGCCGUUGCUCGGGGGCUCGUAGCUCGGCGGUGGUCGUGACUCGGGCGUGGGGUCGGCCGGGUGGUUCCACUGGGUUUGCCUGGUUUCGUGGUUCAUGUAGAACGUUCGUCCGGUGGCAUCCGUUCCGCUUUCCCAUCCCGCUGGCAAGUUCAUGGUUCGCUGUUGUCCGUGUGCCCCUGCCUGCUUCCGGAUUGUGUGUCGGCUCUCUCUCUCUCGCUCCCGGGGUCCCCUUUGGACCAAAGCUAUAUGCAACUCGGUUCGCCGCUCGAGAUCACCUCUUGCUCUUCCGGAACGAGUGUUCUACAGCUGCCACGCGUUGAUAUUGCUCGGGAAACGAUGUACGGCACGCAAAUUUUACUGAAUUUGCCUUCCACCCCUGUAAAAGUUGCGUAUGGGUGCUUGAGUAGCACUGCACUCUGCACACAUGUGUUCGCGGCCGCGUUCUGGUUGUUCUUCCUUUCACGGUGCCGCUGUACCCCCUAUCAGUGGUACAAGAUAUACCUUCUGCGUAUCCCCGGCGGCUGCUCUCGCGUGCUCCGUGUGCUCUGCAGAGUUCGAGACAGCAGCCGCUGUACCACGCCGACUGACAGCCUUGCACGGACGGAAGCUUGACUUCUUGUGCUGUUCCCGUUUCGUUGCUGGUCUACUAAGGAAACUUCAGCCAGCGGGUCUGAUAGCAAGGCUUUAGGGAUGGCAGCGAGCGCGCCCGAUCCGAUGCCGGAAGCUUCUUUGCCAAAGGACGAUGACAAGGGUACCAUGGAUGUGGGCGAGGAGGAGGAGGAAGAAGAAGAAGAGGUGAAGGAGAUGGUACCCGACAUGAAUCUAGCGCAGCGCUGCUGGGUGGCGGUCCACCAGCAAGACCCCGCGGCGGCGGCCAGCAUCCUGGACACGGUCAAGGAGAGGAACAUGGGUCCCUGGUACGCGAGCCUGUGCCACCAGCACCCGUCCCUGUUCCCGCUCGACGCGGCGCUGGCGGCGAAGAUGAAGGAGGUCAACGAGGCGGAGAAGGAGCGCAUCUCGGAGACAUUAAAGGCAGCGGAGGAAGGAGAGGGCGACAUGGAGGUUUUGGACGCGCAGUUCGAGAUGGCCAAGAUGUGGGCAAGAGUAGGGGACAAGGCGUCGGCGUACGCGGCGUACGAAACCAUCACCGAGAAGGCCAAGAUCUUUACGGGGAAGAAGAUCGAUGCCAUCAUGGCCAAGACCAGGGUGGCCUUCUUCCACCUCGACACUCCGCAGGUGAAGGCGGGGCUUGAGGCGGCGAAGAAGAUGAUCGAUCUUGGCGGGGACUGGGACCGACGUAACCGCUUGAAGGUGUACGAGGCGCUCCACCUCAUCACGUCCCGAGACAUCAAGGGCGCGGCCACGCUGCUCCUGGAGUGCGUGUCCACCUUCACCUGCACGGAGCUGUGCAGCUACAACGAUUUCAUCCUGUACACGGUGGUGACGAACAUCUUGACCCUGCCGCGAACCACCCUCAAGAAGAAGAUAGUGGACGGACCGGAGGUGCUGGCGGUGAUCAACGAGAUCCCCAACAUUUCUGCGUUGGUCAACAGCCUCUACGACUGCCGAUACCGGGACUUCAUGAUGGCCAUCGUGGAGCUCAAUGGGCAGCUGGAGAACGACCGGUACUUCGCCACCCACUCGACGUACCUAGUGCGGGAGCUGCGCAUCCUGGCAUACACUCAGUUCUUGGACGCGUACAAGUCGGUGGUGCUUGGCACGAUGGCGACGGCGUUCGGAGUGGGGGAGCCGUUCCUAGACAAGGAGCUGUCGAGGUUCAUCGCGGCGGGCAGACUCAACGCUAAGAUCGACAAGGUGGGGGGCGUUGUGGAGACCAAUCGCCCCGACUCGAAGAACGCGCAGUACCAGGCGUGCAUAAAGCAGGGGGAUCUGCUGCUCAACCGAGUGCAGAAGCUGGGCCGAGUAGUGGAUGCGUGAUUUAUCGCUCUUUUGCGUUCUUUUCGCUUUCCGAAGCACGUGCUGCAUCGCUUGGACGUCUGCUUUCUCCUUUGCGCUGUAUCCUCCUUUUCGGUUGGAAAAAAAUUACUGGGUCCAAAACCAACCCCCCCUUGGUGUCGAUGUUAUUUGUUGAGAGGGUGGGGGCUCAUGACUCGAACAGGGCCUAUUUAUGGGGAGUUGGGGGGUCAACCAAGCAUGACCUUUCCGCCUUGAUGGCCGUCGCAGCAGACCACGCACGCGGCAUGCUCCUCGGUAGGGCCCGUGAACAAUUUGGUAGAAAUGAAGGAAUGCGGCAUUGCAGCAGAAGCAGAAGCAGAUAAGAUCCACGUCCGUCCCCAGGUCGCACCGUUAUUAGUGUUGGUAGGAUUGCCGCAGCGAGCGUACAUGUACCCCGUCCGGAUAACACCGCGAGGUUGGAGAUGUGGGUGGGUUGUCAGGCAUGCUUCCUCAUCAGAAACCUUUUGGCCGGGGGGUAGGGCAAGUAGACAAGGACGCCCACGGGCCGAAAAGCACACGGUUUAGGCAGGAGAAAUGUUCAUGUUGACGGGACAUCACACAU